CACUCUAGUCGUGCGGUUGUCGGUGGAUGUCGUCUCGACUAGUACACGAUUUUUGAAAACCAAAUUAAUAAUUGUCGUUUGUUUUAAGUAUAUACAUCGUUGUAUUAACUAACCGGUGCGGUUUCAUCAACACAAUAUCAUGAGACCGUCGGUCAUCGUAGCGGACUACUUGUCCUCAAACGGUGUAACGAUCAUGUUACUAGUGUUGGAAAUUAAAUAGCGUCGCCCGGGGUUUCGUGAAAAACUGGGCGUCUGAGACAACAAUUAUUCACACAAAAAAAAAAUUUAAAAAUAACACGUACACUUUGACGCAAUAAAUACAAUACAUCGCAGAGUCCGUGGAGAAAAGGCAACAACGGUCGACGGAAACUCUCGAAAUUAAAUCAUCGUCAGCGUUACAGACGAAAUUCGUAAUCACACAAUGAGGAUUUUGACGAUCGCCUGGAUUUUGGUUGCGGUCACGUGGUGCUGCGACAGCGCCGUUAUCUAUGACCCGGUGGUUCAAAACACCCGUUACUAUGAGCCCAGAAUUCAGGACUUGGAGCUUCUCGACAAAAACUUUUUUGACAUGGCUUCGAUCGAAAAGAGGAACGGUGCAAUGCAAGGUGAGUCACCGAGAAGUCGUCCUAGUUUGUCCAUCGUCAACUCGCUGGAUGUCCUCCGACAAAAAUUAAUGUAUGAGGUGGCGCGGCGACACGUAGAUGAGAAUCAGAAAGUGCUGUCGCAAAAUCACCAGAUACUGAAGAACUUAGGAAAGCGGUCACUGUUUCCUUUUAUCGAAGUACCACGGAGGUACAACGUAUUUCGUAUAUAAUGAUACAUCCACACAUCGAGUUAUUAUUUUAACUUUUUUUUAAACAGACUUAUUGAAGUAUGCUACUAAGUUUUUCAUUGUAUUAUUUAACUCAUUUAAAUACAUUUUUAAAUAUAACCGUGGCUAAUAGAAUUUUAAAAAUAUCUGUAUAAAUAUGAACUUCUAAAUCCAAGCGUCUAAAUGGGAUCACCUUAUUUAUUUUCUCUACCUUUUUUGGUUUUCUUUAUAAACAAUACAAAUUCGCGAUUUAUUUCAUAGGUACCUAUGGAUUUAGGAAUUCUCGUGCUUAAUAAUUACAUUUUUUUUACAGGUUUUAAAAGGAAACCAUUUGGAUUUCGACGGUUUAACAGCGUUAUUAUUAAUGAAUAAUUUAUUUAAAAUGCAAUAUAAUUGAUUUUAUUUGUUGACUUUACCUAAUACUGUAGACAGCCAAAUUAAUGUUAUUUUGUUUUCAAUUUAUAUAUUAUAUGUAUUUCCAGUAUAUAAAAAAAUACACCUAGAAUAAAUAUAUUAUGUCGUAUAUUAUAUUAUACAUAAAAAAAACUCAAUCCACAGACAUUAUUCACCAUAAUAUUAUUAUACAUACAACAUACUUGUUCCAAAAACAACAACUUUCAGUAUUCUAUAUUUAAUUUAGUUUCUUUGUAUUUUUUUUUUUUUUUUUGAUCAAUUAAAAAUUAAUUAGAGCAUCGUAAAGUGAUUUAAUACCUGUUAUUUUUUAAUAAAAAUAUAUUAUUAUACUACA